GAUAGGCGUCGUCGUUGGGGGGUUGAGGUUGGCUUCAGGCUGGUUUUGGGUAGCACCGCUCACAUGGCGACACCGUCCCCCGCGCAGCCCGCGGCUCAGCCAACAUCGCACGCCGACGCCAAGCCAGCCGCCAUGUCCAACCCGACAGAGGUCAAGGUGCAGGACGCCGAAGACAAUGACAUGGUCAGCGGCUUCUCUGGCAUGAUGACGAGCAUCAACAACCCCGAGGCCCGCAGCAACCUGCUCGGGCGCGUCAAGACAUUUGUCAACGACAACCGCAAACAAAUCGUGCCCUGGAACGAGUUCUUCGCACGUCCCUCUGCCCCAAAGAAUGCUGCCGUUGCCACUCAGCGCAUCUACCACAAUGUUGGCAAGUUCAAGGCCAACUACGUCCUCAUCUCCUGCGUUCUUGCCCUUUAUGCGCUGUUUACCUCGCCCAUGUUGCUGGUAACCCUCCUGAUCAUGUACGGCGGCUUCACCUGGGCCAACCACCUCAAAGAAAGCGGUCCCAUGUCCAUAAUGGGCCGACAAUUCGAGUCCCGUGAAGUGGCCGUGGCUACCGCUGUUGGCGGUGCCGUCUUCCUCUGGUUCUUUGGCGCCACCUCCCUCAUCUUUUGGAUGCUCGGCGCGACGCUAUUCGUUGUUGGUGGCCAUGCCGCUCUGAUUAAUGUUCCGGCCCCCGAGUUAUUGCAAGAAAGUGCUUGA